GGCUGAGUAUUUUGAGAAGAUUUUAGGCAUGGUCAAUCCUGAAGUGUCAAAGAUCUUCAAAGGACAAUUGAGGCACAUCACUACCUGUUCAGGAAAACAUGUGAUGAGUGAUGGAUUUGGUCCAUUUUGGACACUGCCCCUCUCAAUAGCAGAUCCAUCUGACUCUUACAAAACCUACAGUGUGAAAGAUGGCUUUAAGGAGUUCUUCAAGUCUUCAACUGUCAGCAGGGAAAACCAAAUGUACUGCGAUGAAUGUGAAACGAAAUCAGAUGCAACCAUUGAAUGCAAGAUGGAAUAUCACCCAGAAAUUCUUACUCUGCUCCCCAAGUGGUUUGAAUUUGACUACUACAGCAUGUCAUAUGUCAAAAAUGCUGCGUGGAUGUGCCUCACACACUACAGACAGAGGUAG